AAACACACAGUGAAACUCCGUGGUACAUAUAUGUACAUACAUACAUACAUAUGUAGCUAUCGACAACACGGAACCGAGCCGCUUACUUUUAGACAGUCGUAACGAAUAAAAUGUGAAAAAGUACAGAUUAGCACGUGUGGAAAUUAUCUGGAAAGAAGUCGCUGUAAUCAGUAAGACGAGCAGAAAGCACGUUCCAGGGCGCUGGACCCAGUCAAUCAAAUAAAAAGAAAAUUAUUUUUUGCGAAAAAAUAGAAUAUUUUGAAUAGAAAAAUCAAGUAUUAUAUGUAAUCUUUUUGAUUGAUAUUUAACAUUAUCACAUACAUUUUUGUUGUAGGUAACUAAAUAGUUAGUUUAUUAAUUAAGUUACCAAUUAAUUGGUUGAUAAUAUUUAUGAAUUCAAAACAACAGUUAUGAGCAGGUUACGAAAGGAUCCUAAAUUAGUCUGGAAUAUAUUGAAUGGUGUAUUUUUGGUGUACAAACCACCUAAUAUUCAUUAUCUUAAUGUUAGAGAUACUAUAAUACAGAAUUUAUGUAGAGAUUUAAAUGCAAUAAAAGAACGUCCUCUCAUGAAACAUGUUUCUAUCGAGGGGGCAACAAAUGAAGUAAUGCAAGUUGUUGUAAGUGACAGUUAUGCGCAUCAUCCACUAGUCACUGGACCACAAUAUAUCCCUGAUGAUUUUAAAUGUGCAACAGCCAACUCGUUGACGCAAGAGACAUCGGGUAUACUAGUUUGUGGAAUUAAUGCUGGAACAAGACUUUGUUAUCAGCUAAAAUUAGCCAGAGUCACAAGAUUCUAUAGAGUAAAAGGUAUUCUUGGUCAAGCAAGAGAGAAUGAUUUUGCGACAGGAAAAAUUCUUGAAAAAUCUUUAUGGAAAGGAAUAAAAAGGUUUUACAUUGAUCGUAUAUGUGCAUCAAUACAAGCAUCGCAUCAAAAGAAAAUGUUUGAGCUUUGUGGAAUAGACAUACAGAGUCAAGCAGCGUAUGACCUAGCUGUUCAAGGUCUAAUCAGACCUGCAAAUCCUAAAAUUCCUAUGAUCUAUACAAUUAAAUGUGUUGAUUUUCAACCACCAGAAUUCACACUAGAAAUUGUGUGUAUAAAUGAAGAAGAUAAUUACUUAAAAUCUUUAGCAGCAGAAGUGGGCUACAAACUUAAAAGUACAGCUUAUUGUAGCUACAUUCAAUGCACACAAUUCGGUAUGUUUAAUGUUAAAGAUGCAUUAUUGUCCAAACAUUGGGAUCUGCAGAAUAUCUUGGAUAAUAUCGACUCAUGUCACAAGAUUCUUGAAAAACAUCCAUACAUGCUUAAACAAGAGCAUGCCCAUCUUGUUGCUCAAUCUAACUGA